CAUGUGCGUGUGUGCGUGUGCGUGUGUGAGCCUGGCACAGUCGCAGUGUGCACACUAUGUACUCAGCCUCAGCACCGCAAUGCAGAGCUGUGCAUUUGGCCAAGUCAUGCCACACACACACACACACAGACUGUGUGUGUGUGUGUGUGUGUGCGUGCGUGCGUGUGUGUGUGUGUGUGUGUGUGUAUUAAUAUUGCAGUGUGUCUAUAGAUGCUCUCUCUCUCUCGUCCUCUGCAGGGCAGUUAGCCGCAUUAGCUCCCUCGCUGUCCUCAGAUGACUCCUCCUCCUCCUCUGCUGUCUGCUGUGUCUCUGCCUCCCCCCCUCCUCCUCCUCUCCCUCCUGUAUCACAGCAGACGAUGCAUUGACUGAGCUGAGGAGGAGGAGGAGAAGAAGAAGAAGAAGAAGAAGAAGAAGAAGAAGAAGAAGAAGAAGAAGAAGAAGAAGACUGCCUUCCUGCUGCAUGGAGGAGAGAGGAGCUGAGUGAACGCCUGCAUUUCCUCUUGGGGAUAAGAUCAAGGCUCUUCUAAAGUGGAUGACCUCUGACCCCUCCGGUUCUUCCUCCUCCAGCUGUUUCUGUGACGUGCUGACCUCCAACCUGAGGGUCCACAGUCUGACCUCUGACCUCUCCGAACAAACAACAUGGAUGUGAAGAGUUUUGCCGGUGCUUUCUGCAGGAUCCCUGACACCUAAACUCACCGGACCGUCUCCCACUCUCCACCACAUCCUGUCCCGUCCUCUGGACCGGCGGCGUCCGCCAUGUCGGAGGGGUUGCUACAGGUGGAGAUCCCGGACUUCGGCAGCAGUGUGCUGGGCAGCCUGAACGAGCAGCGUCUGCUCGGUCACUACUGCGACGUCUCCGUCCUCGUGCAGGGUCAGGAUUUCAAGGCCCACCGUGCUGUCCUCGCUGCGUCCUCGCUCUACUUCAGAGACCUGUUCAGCUCCGACUCCUCCUCCUCCUCCUCCUCCUCCUCCCUGGCCGUGUUCGAGCUGCCGUCCUCCGUCACGCCCACGUGUUUCCAGCAGAUCCUCUCCUUCUGCUACACCGGCCGCCUCAGCAUGGCGGCCAGCGAGCAGCUGGUGCUGAUGUACACGGCCGGGUACCUGCAGAUCCAGAACAUUGUGGAGCGAGGCAUGGAGCUGAUGAUGAUGAAGGCCUCCUCCUCGCCCCUCUGCCCUGACUCUCAGACCACUUCAGCAGACGAACUCGCUGGGUUCGACGCCCCUCCCCUGCAGGAAGAGCAGCAGGGUGCUCCCCGCCUGCAGGAGCAGCCAGCCCUCAGCCCCGGGGACCUUCUCCUUGCCGUCAGUCGCAUCAAACAGGAGAGGGCCGACACACCUCCUGCUGAGGAGGGGGGGACAGUGAGGACCGGAGAGGAGGCCAGAGGAGACCCACUGGGGGACCACUCCUCCCGGAGCAGUGCCCUUUGUUACCUGGGGGCAGGUGGAGGUUUGGUCCCGGGGCUGCAGUCCUACCUUCUGGCCAGCGGGGGGCGCUGCAGUCCAGGAGGCUCCAGCCUACCCACAGACUCCCCACCCUCUCACCCCCCCACCGAGGAGGACCUGGAGGAGGAUUACUACGGGAACACCGUCCACUCCGGACUCUAUCAACACAUCUACGGACAUCCUGGAAACCCCUACAUCCAGGAGAAGAUGGAGAUGCUGUCUCUCCCAUUGGCUAACGAGCGGCGGCCCUGCGUGCUAGUUGGUCGGGACAACAUGGCACUGCCGGCCAGUCUGAUCAGUCAGAUCGGGUACCGCUGCCACCCGUCGCUCUACACCGAGGGAGACCCUGGCGAGAAGGUGGAGCUGGUGGCAGGUUCAGGUGUGUUCAUGACUCGAGGGCAGCUGAUGAACUGUCACCUGUGUGCCGGAGUCAAACACAAGGUGCUGCUCCGGAGGCUGCUGGCUACCUUCUUCGACAGAAACACUCUGGCCAAUAGCUGCGGGACAGGAAUCCGCUCCUCCACCAAUGAUCCGAGCCGAAAACCACUGGACAACCGGGUCUUAAACACUGUGAAACUGUACUGUCAGAACUUCGCCCCUCACUUUAAGGAGAGUGAGAUGAACGUCAUCGCGGCGGACAUGUGCACUAACGCCCGGCGGGUUCGUAAACGAUGGCUCCCAAAGAUCCAGUCUCUCCUCCCCGACAGCCUCCCCAGCUCCCCCCACCCCCGCAGGGCCAGGAGGGGGGGAGGUCAGGGGGGAGAGGUGGUCUCCAUGGAGCUGGACCUCCGGCAGCUCUCCUACCUGGAAGGCGGGGAGAGGGAGGCGCCAGCCGCCCUGCUGCCUCACCUGCAGUUUGCCGGGUCUGGUGAGGGAGGGGGGGGGAGUCAGGUGGAGGAAGCGCUGAUGGGCAGAGAUGCAGACGGGGUGGGGAGGAUACAGACUGAACCCCCUCCAGACCCCCCCCUCUCCUCCUCUUCCUCCUCCUCCUCCUCUUCACACCCCUCACCUCAGCCUGCAGAGCCCGCCCCUCCUCACAGGGGAUUGGCCGACACAGAAGAGAGGGGGGCGGAGCCUCUGGAAAAUAGCCAAUAAGCUUUCUAUUGCAUCUGCCUACCUGUAUGUACAAAACACAAUAGCUACCUGUCCCCACACGUGUCUGUCUCUCUGUCUGUCUGUCUGUCUGCCUGCCUGCCUGCCUGUCUGUCUGUCUGUCUGUCUGUCUGUCUGUCUGUCUGUCUGUCUGUCUGUCUGUCUGUCUGUCUGUCUGUCUGUCUGUCUGUCUGUCUGUCUGUCUGUCUGUCUGUCACUACCUGUCUUACCUCUCAGCCUGGUAUCACAGAAUGGAGUAUGAAUCAGACGCCAGCUGUUUGUCUCUGGCUGAUAGCAGAUGUUGCUCGAGACGGCUGAUGGGUGAGGGGUAGUGCUGCUCUCUUGUGGAUGUAACCCGAACUGCCUCCCUGUCUGACCCUGAAGAAGUGACUUUGAUUUAUCCACCUCAUGUUUCAACUGCUCCGUGUGCAACGAAUGGUGCGUUGAAUUCUGAGAAUGCUUGAAAUCCCCAGACAUGAAGCUGAUCUUUCAAUGCCACGUUUUCUUUAUACCUCCUUCCAUGAGAUCUGUUCCCCUACCUCACUACCUGACCACCUGUCUACCUCUCUGCCCAAAGUUUGUUUGUCCAACCUACCUCUGUCUGUCUGUCUGUCUGACUGUCUGUCUGUCUGUCUGUCUGCUCGGCUCAGCUGCAUGUAACCAGCCUCCUGCAGUCCAGCACACAGGCCCAUAGCAACAGGACUAAUGAUGAAGCAGAUUAUAU